AUGGGUAUCCUCAACCCACGUGGGUCGUGGGUGUGGGUACCUCUGGGGUAUGGGUGGGGGUCUUGCUCUUAUGAUCAUCACAGCAUGCAUCCUACAUUUUUCUCAGGCACUGCCAAGUGUAUUACAAAACUACCAGACAAAGCUAAAGCUGCACUAGACAAGAAGCGGGAAGGCUCGUCAAACAAACAAAAGAAUAAUGAAACAAGGGUAAGGGUACUUGAGGGUAGGGGUAGGGGUUUGGAUCUGGAGACCCCUGUACCCCUGGACAAUUGUGAUAUAUGUGAUUGUAAAAAGUGUUACCCUGGGGUAUACCCACCAUGGGUGUGGGUAGGGGUAUCUAUCUCUGGUACCCUUCAAAAAACCCACACCCACAUGGUAAGGGUAGGGGUAUCACCUCAGAUACCCCAGGGUAUACCCACACUAAUCUCUACUGGGCCUACCGUCUUCUGCCUCAAAAAUCGAGACCAAGGGAUACUCCGGCUUCUCAAGAAUUUAGGUCAAGUGUACAAUUUCAUGAUGCAAGACAAGACUCUCGGCGGAAUUCCGUCGAUGCAGGGGAUCAUCAGACAGAUAGUUCAGCAGACUCUGGAGUGCUCCCAGUUUAUCAAAGAUUACUCUGCAACAAAAAACUUCUGUGAGGAAUCCAUGAAUUAUUGUGCUUUGCUUGCUUGCUCAUUCAUUACCUAUCCUCUACUAUUGUUGUAG